AUAGUAGCGUGGUAUUGUAAAAAGCGGUACAGUGUUAUUAUAUUUCAUAAGAGAAACAGAAGUUAUAACUGUCGUACUCGAUUAUUGAACAAAUAAAUUUCUCGGUGAAAUAGAUUGGAUCAAGAUGUAUGUUUAGUUAUUGAAAGAAACGUGAUAAAUGUAAACAAAGUUUCAUUGAAGUUGAUUACAUUGAAUUUUGACUUUGUAAAAGAUAUUUACUUUAUUGAUAAAAAUUCCAUUAUUGUUUAUUAAUAUGGAAGCUGAAUCAUCAAAACACAUAUGUAAAAUACAAGUUGUUAAUCGUGCCCGUAAAAUACCAAGUGUAAAUUAUUUAUGGGAUAAAUCUACAGCAGUAUAUGGUCGUGUAAAAGAUACAAAUGUAUUUAUACAUUGGGCAUUUAACACUAUGGAGAACAUAGUUAAUACCAUGGUUGAAAAGUCAUUGCCAGUUGCUAAAUUAAUAGAAAAGCCUAUUUGUACACUUGAUAAGACAUUAUGUCAAGGAAUUGAUUAUGUAGAAGUAAAAUUACCCAUAAUAAAAGAAGAACCAAAGCAGAUAAUAAACCGGACUAAGUCUCUUGUAUCAGAGCGUCUUAGACCCGCUGUUAAAACAUUCACAGAUUUAAAAAAGGGAACCAAACAUAAAGUUAAAGUUAUAAAGUUACACACUUAUUACAAAGUUCAUUAUUUAAGAAUGUAUAGUUGGCAGCAGGCAGAUAGAGUUAUGUCGACUGAAACAGGAAUUAGUAUUUUAAAAACUGUUGACAGUACCACUGAUUUCGUUGAAUUGAUAUUGGAUAAAUACUUACCUAUUCCUUCUGAUGAUUUUCACAAUAAUGAAACUGAAAAGUUAUGCAAUGAAGAUGCCAAACUUCAUCACACUGUUGGGAGAUUAAGUGAAUUUAGUUCUCGUACUUCAAAACGUAUUUACUUUGCUUUAAUGGAAUUGCAACAUAUUUAUAGAAUGGAAAUUCGUUUGUUGAUAUCAGAUAUUAUAUGUAUACUCUUAUUAUUCAAAUACAUACUGCAUGGUGUGUAAUAUAUAUAUAUAUAU